CUUUCCACACCGAACGCGUUUAGUACCUCAUUUUUCCCACUGUGCGAUGGCUCGCGCGUUAUCAGUCACCGUGGUCCACACCGGAGCCUCCGGUCGGUCGGUACGUUCGCUCAACAUCCACGCAGCAUCCCACCUGUCUCGCGAACAACCGAAGGCGACGGCGGCGCGGCAGUCUUCCGUACGGUCCGUGGUAGCACAUUCCAGUCUGCCUUGCACAGUCCACAUCCAUCGCAUCGCAUCGGUCGGUCGGUAGGCUUUGAAUCUUUUGCAGCGCUCCACUAUGGACUGCUCAGUCGGUUACUAAACGUUGCACCAGGUGGACACGGUGCCUACUAGAGAGCUUUCGGUACCAAAGCACAAAGACGCACAAAGAAAAUUGUGGUUUUACGUUCGUUGGCGCGAUAGGUUUUGGCGCGCGCGGAAUAGGACACGUGCCCCCUCAAAGGCAGUUGCCGAGAUCUAUUAGAUCCGAAUUUUGUACGGAUUAGGACCGUGUCGAGAAACUUUUCCCUAGGUGCUUUCCAUGCAGGAAAAAACAAUUGUGCGGAGUGUUUUGUGGAGAUUCCAAUUCAAGGGAUUAGAAACUUCGUUUGAUGUUUUGGUUGAGGUUCGUGCUUGAAUCAGGUGUGUGGGAAAACCGAAAACCAAACUGUUGACCGCGGAGAAGAUUGCCGCCCUCUCGUCUGGGUGCUGCUGACCACCCACUUGUGCUGCGGUGAGGUCUCAAGUGAAAAUUGACUUGGCAUGAGGAGCUGAAAGAAGAAAAAGAAAACCCGUAACCGAUUCGUUUGGUUAUGCGGCGGGUGCCGCGACUAUGCAAUAAUAUGCACAUUGUGAAUGUGAAGUGAAUUUGGUUAUGCUUCAACGAAGAUCUGCCUUGUGAGGAGGCCUUAAUAGUAUGGCAUGACGUCCGGACGAAGAGACGGUGACGACGACGACGACGGACGGCAAAACCGCAAAAAGAGUGAAUGGUAGUGAAAUGCAUUUGGAUGGUGAUAUACUAGCGGAGCUAUUAAUUAUUCCAACAAUUGGAGUGUGAGAAGGCAUUGUAACUGCUUAGUCGAAGACGACGAAGAAGACGUGGUCGGUCAGUAUCAAAAGGAGAAGAAGAAAAGGAAAAGUGAAUAAUUCAAGAAACAGCCUUCACAAGGUCCGGCCUUGCGGUUUGGGCGCGCAAGAGAGUGGAUCCUAGUAGGAGUGAAGUCACUGUACUCCCAACAGCGCGACGGGCGGAGGCGCCAAAAGUGAAAAUCGCAAAGGAAAAGUGUGCACCGACUAUGCUAAAAAUGCAAUUUCACUGCAAUUUCGUGUGAGGUGCGAGAAAAAGGAUCUCGCCCCUUCUUCGUGGUGCUGUUGUUGUUGUUGUACAUAGUUCCGUUCCGACACGGGCGCGGCGGCUAGUGAAACUUUGUUUUGAUUUUUUUUCUGCUGUUGCUGUUGCAUCUUAACUCGAUUACUGGUGUCCGCCAGAGCGGAACGAAAAUGAAAAUGAUCAAAGGCAUAACAACUAUGAUGGGGACGACGACGACGACGGUGACGGCGACUAUAAACCUAGCCCUUCUAGUGACGCUUUUUGCGCUGACAACGGCCGUAGUGAUAGUGAAAUCUGAUGCCGUUCCGGAGGAGCGUCCGGUGUCGUUGGUCAGAGCUGAUGAUGCUUUGGCAGGAGCAGAUUUGCAGGCUUCGUCGCCUGGGCAGGUUCAAGGAGUGCACGACGACACGCUAGGCGAGCAUAUGGAAGGAUUUUCCGCAGAUGAUACUCCAACAGUGCAGGCUCAACCCCUGACGACGAGUACAACCAACAAUAUUCCAUCGCAUCCGCCAAGCAGAUCUGAAGAUCAACCUGUUUCUACAGCUCCCGUCGAUGGCUAUGAAGGACGAAGACGGCGCCGAUUGGGACGAAAGCGAAAGCGUAGACCACUGCAAGACGACUAUUGGCAGGGUUCACCAAGUCCCCGAGAUGAACCAGAGCCGGAACAAAUCUACCGAGAACCUGAAACGGAUCGAAAGCGACUCUACUCCCGCUGGGAACGUCCAAGACCGGCAGACCGGUGGUCCAAUCCAUACACCGAUGCCGUUGAUCCACAUUCCACGUUCAGCAGCGAUCCACCUUCUAUACGACGGCCUUACGAACCACCGUACAACAACCGAGGCAAUCGAGAGAAUUUUCAGCCUAUUGACACCAAUAGGCAAAGAAGACUUCCCAGACCGGAGGAGCAUCCGACUCCCGGAUCCGGGCACAAAGCCUACCGUAAACCUUAUUCACAGGCCAAACGAAACGAAGAAGAGGGUGGAUCGUCUGGCGAACAAGGCAAAACCGGGGCGGCUGAUUUGAAAGCCCUACUGAAGCAAUCCGGUGGGUUAAGUCUUAGUGAAAUCCUUCAGCAGCGGAACAUUUCGCUCCAAGAUCUGAUCAAAGGAAAGCAGAUGGCUCUCGCAGCUUUGACGCAAAGUCCCCUGGACAUCACUACACUUGUCGAACAGGACAACGAAGUCUCGUCUACAGUACCCACACUAUCCAGUGUCAGGUUCCGAGUACAAGACGAACCCACUCCACGAACAGACUUCCAAGACAUCAAAGCUAUGAAGCGAAUUCCGGUGUUCUCGCCAUCUGCAGCUCCCAAUACAGCGACUGAGCCUUCAACGACUACGACAAUUACUACUACAACGUCCACUACAGAGCUACCGCCAACAGCCCAAGACGAAACCAACUCCGUUGAAGACAUCAUUACGCUUGAUAACCUCGAAAAUCACAGCGACAGUGUUGGCAUCUACCCUACGGUUGAAAUCAAACAACUAACUCUCAAUCCAGUUCUGCCCACUGUUAAAGAAGAACGCCUACGACCGAUCAAAGGUAUAGCGUCUCGAAUACGCCCAGAUUUAAGCAAUUCCAAUAUCCGCACAGAAGAAGCCUUUCCAGGAACCAAUAAGCGACUGGAAUCUCUAAGACCGUAUGCCACAGCUGAACCAUGGCACUCAUCAACAUCCACUUCCAGUUCCUCCACAUCCUACACUCCAAGUACAACAUUGCGCGAAAAGUGGACUCCCUCAGCCUUUCUUCAAGAGAAAUAUCUCCAAAAGCUCCAACAAACCAAAACUCGACAGCGACCCACGGUAACUCCAUCUACCGACCCCAACCCCGAAGAGCAAACUGAACAAGCUCAACCGGAAGCGGAAUCUGCACCGGUCCUGACUUCCUCCGAGCGAACCCUCAUGCGAAUCCCCGUAACCCGCAACCGUCUUUCCAUGAAGCUCAAAGUCAGAACUUCAACGGCUGCCCCUUCUUCGGCCCAACCUCAGUCCACCGAGAACCACUACCUCGCGGACGUAGAAUUCCACGACGAAGCCGAAAACGUCACCAAGCUGCUCGAAAGUGAAGAACCCGAGCUGAACAUCAUCGAGAAGUUCACCUCCUUCGAGGACACCAAGAGCGCCUUGGUCCCCCAGUCCAGUUCCUCAUCCGAGCCGUCAACCACCGAGCUCAGCGAAGACGACCUCAUCGAGCGGAUCAACCAGAACACUCAACGAUCCUUCACCGACAGCCUCGAGGAGUACUUCCGCGACGUCACCGAAAGCAACCCAUCACUUUUCAACGACCUUAGCCCGCUCACCCUGUCCGAAGAUCGCAAAGAAAUCCUGGAGCUCAUGGAAGACCGUCGCAUUGGCGCCCGUCUAGCCAAGGUUCUCUCUCAGCGGAACAUGACGCUUGACGAACUGCUCGAACAUCGCAAGCGCGGCUCCAGCCAGCUACAUCUCUCCGAAAUGAUCAACGGCAAAGCCAGGCCCAUCGAGGACAAGAUGGACAUCGUCACGGCUUUCGAGCACUUCCCGCGAUUCAACCUGGGCAACCUGCGUAGCGUCCAGCCGGACGACAUCAAGCUCGACUCACAAGGUUUCAGCUACUUCACGUCCAUCAUCAGCAUGCGCCCGACUGACGAAGCCUUCAAGGAAGGUCGAUCGAUGCAUCACCGGCCCGAGCACAAGUUUCUCGACUGGAAACUGCAACCGCACCAGCAGCACCCCGCAAACCACAAAAUGGACGGGAUCCAUUUUUUAGGUAACGGCGGAUCGAAGGGAGGGCUGAUUACCCCUUCGAGAAUGUCCGCCGACGCCGAGUUCGACAGCAGCCACGAUCAACCGAUCAGCAGUAGCGACCUGCUCGAUCUGGAACUGACCGGCCACGGGUUCAACCACCGGCACGCGGUAACCAUCGAGAGCACCUCGAUGCCCCUGGGCGUCCGGUCGGCGAUCGUGGCCAGCUCGUGCAUCGUCGGCGUAUCGCUGGCCGUGUUUGCGGUGAUCUUCGUCGUGUGCCGGUGGCGCCAGCGGCGGAGAAACAAACUCAACUACACCGAGAACUUCAACAUGGCCAAAGGCCGGCUGCCGAUGAUGCACACCGAGAGUCUGAAGAACGAACAGAUGCAGGUGUACGCCACUCAGCAGUCGCUGUCCCAUCAUCCACAGCAGCAGCAACAGCAGUUGCAAUCGCAGCAACAGCAACAUCAUCAGUAUUCACAUCAUCAGCAGCGUCAACGGAAGGAUAGUAAGGUAAACACGAUGGAUCCCAACUCGCAGGAGGUGCAGGACUACCUCUGGGACACGAUGCGCAAACCGUUCCAGUAGAAGGCGUUUGUUGGACAUUGGAGAGCAUUAUUUGAAGCCAUACGUACUGCGCCGAGGAACAACCGGGAGUCUAGGCAAUACUAACCAGCAUCCACAAUUCAAAAGAACAUGGGACAUCUCCGAAGAGAUCCUCAACAGUAGUUUCUCUACAGCCAAAACGUAGCAAGCUCAAAUAGAAAUUUAGCAGUAACUAUUUUCCGCUCUUCCCUUCCCUAAGACACCCCUUGCACCUUUUAUGCUUCAAUGUUCCUUCGAAUUCGACAACUCAUCUAUCCUAAACCAUCCAUCCGCACUAUCUGCUAUUAUUAUGAGUUCAUUUAUUAAUAAUAACCACGAUUCUGUGGAUGAGAGCACACAACACCGCCCUUCACAGUCCGGAUCAAUAUCCGUUUGAACGGACAGACAAAGCACGCAUCCAUCCAAAGCAAAGCACAGAUAGUAGAGGGCCAUGUCACUACAUGACAGUUGAUUGAUGCAAACCGGCGGCAAAAAUGAAGCGAGCAAACGUCCCAACAUGUGUGCGGUCGGCUGUAGGUAAAUGUGUCUAAUAAAAGUAAAGCGCAAAAGUGAAAAAUGUAACGAUCCGCCAACAAUCCGGAUCCGCCGCAAACAUGCAACAACAAAAAUGCAUAAACAAAUCAUAGGAAAGUAAGUGUGAACAAUGUGCAAUACAGAUAAUAAGAAACAACAUCAUCAUCAUCGUCGUAAUCGUAAGAAAAAGAGAGAUAAUAUCACCUAACAAGAUAAAUAAAGCAACCCCAACAAGAUAUACGGUUUUAAUUUAGUACCUAACAAGCGAGCGAUAAUUUAUGAGCAGCAUUCGUAUAUGAACGAGGGCCACGCGCCUCUCUUCCACUAACUCUCCUCCAUUUCCCAUUUAAGCAUUAGGUAGCGAUAGUGAUUUUAGCUUUAAGGAAUUGAAAACCCAUUUCUUUGAAACCGCAAAAGAAUGUGUAAGAUACAAAUCGAGGAAAAUAAAAGAGACUGGCCGUGAACAUU